CCUUUGCCAUGCAACUAGAAUUAAGACACAUCCUUGAUUACCAACUGUUCUGAUAUAACAGUUUGACAUUUAAGAUUGACCGUGUUUAUAUUAUUUUCGAUAAAUCCCGUGCUCUGUCUUGGGUUUCUCUUCAGAAGUCGUUUCCAAGGAUACGACAUACCUCCUCCUGAAGGUACACCACUGAGAGCAGAAGUGAUCACGAGUUAUUUUUCGCAAAGAUUGGACCACUUUGAUCCCUCUAACACAAACGUUUGGUCGCAGGUGAGUUAGUAAUGCUCACAAACUGUUAAAAGUGUAUCUGCGCUAAUUGGGAGGUGUCUUUUCUUCAGCGAUAUUAUGUCAACGAAAAGUAUAUUAAGGAUACGAAAAGCAAGGCUAUUUUCUUGCUGAUUAUUGGCGAAGGGCAAUCUUCUAUCCGUUGGAUGUCGGCUGGAUCAUGGGUUGAGUUUGCUAAGAAAUAUUCCGCUCUCUUAUUCCAGCUUGAGCACAGGUUUUACGGGGUCAGCCAUCCUUUUAAGGAUUUGAGCGUUGAAAACUUGCGAUUCCUGUCAAGCAGACAGGCCUUGGAGGACACCGCGACGUUUAUUAACGGUAUGAAUCAGGAAUACAACCUCACGAAAGACGCAAAAUGGAUAGUGUUCGGAGGAUCGUACGCUGGUUCGUUGGCAGCUUGGUUGAGGCAAAAGUUUCCGCAUCUGGUUCAAGGAGCUGUGUCCGCCAGUGGGCCACUGUUUGCACAGCUAGACUUCCAUGAGUAUAUGCAAGUUGUUGCGGACGUUCUAGCUUUGCACAGCCAAAAAUGCGUCGACACGGUUAAGACAGCAUUCGCUCGACUUGAAAAGUUGGUAGACAAGCCAGGCGUAGAGAAUAUCACUGCUCUUUUUAAUUUAUGCCAAGAUAUACGGAAGGUUAACACUGAAUCAGAUAUAUACAGUUUCUUUGAGACAGUUUAUGAAGUUUUUUCCUACACAGUGCAGUACGACAGCGCUUGGGGACCUUCUGUGGGCGACUUAUGUGGUAUUCUUAUCAAUGAGACUUACGGUGACGAACUACAUAGGUUGGCCACUGCCGCCAAAUUGUAUUAUAAUAGGUCGGCUUGUACGGAUUAUACCUAUCAAACUAAGAUUGACGACAUGCGGGUUUUGAAUAUAACACCUGAUGGAAACAUGCGUCAAUGGUUUUAUCAAACUUGCACCGAGUACGGAUGGUACGAGACUACAAACCAAAAGGAACAGGUAUUCGGAACGAAGGCUCCUACCCAGUUCUUCACAAAGAUGUGCACAGAUACAUUUGGAAAAGAGUAUAACACAAAAUACUUAACUAGUCAAAUUGAAUACACAAACACGUACUACGGCGGAUACGAAAUUGACGUACAAAACGUCGUUUUCGUUCAGGGGUCGUACGAUCCUUGGAAAGCCAUGAGUCUUACGAAAGCCACUGAUCAUGAGUCUCCAGUUAUAUACAUUAAUGGUACCUCUCAUUGUGCGGUCCUCUAUCCCCCCUUUAAGAGGGAUCCACCUCAACUAAUUAAAGCUAGAGCGGUGGUUGAGAAACUGAUAGGUGCCUGGCUAGGAGUUAAACUUUGAGACGACAUCAGUCACCUUAUUUUAAGUAGUUUGGUUAUGAACAAAAUGUAAUGUACGUACUGUUGAUUUAAAUAUAUUUGAAAUAUGAAUAU